AACUAAAACACUAAUACUAUUUUUAAUCAAUGAUCCCUUUGUCAUAUGACUUACCAAAAUGGCGAUCGCUGUAAAAUGGUUUUUAUUUUCCCUGUUGGCAGGUUUAAUGGCAAAAGCGUCAAAUGAACCUGUGCCAGUUGUCAUUUGGCAUGGAAUGGGAGACAGUUGCUGCAACCCUCUUAGUAUGGGGUCAAUAAAGAAACUGAUUGAAAAACACAUCAAAGAUGUGUACGUCCUGUCACUUGAAAUCGGGUCAAGUAUUGAAGAAGACACACUUAAUGGGUUCUUCAAGAACGUGAACGACCAGGUUGCCAUGGUUUGUUCACAGCUGGCUGCUGAUAAAAAACUGGCUGGAGGAUACAACGCAAUUGGUUUCUCCCAAGGUGGACAAUUUCUCCGUGCUGUGGCCCAGAGGUGCCCGACUCCCCCAGUCCUCAAUCUGAUCUCAGUGGGAGGCCAACAGCAAGGUGUAUUUGGACUUCCCCACUGCCCUGGGAGUUUUUCCAUAUGUGAAGCAGUACGUAAACUUCUCAAUCAAGGAGCAUAUGUGCCGCUCAUAUCUAUUCAAGGCUUGUGCAAGGCAGAAUACUGGCAUGACCCCCUCAACGAGGCAGAGUACCAGGCCAAGAGCGUCUUCCUGGCAGACAUUAACCAAGAAAAUUCUGUGAAUGCAACGUACAAGGCCAACCUGCUGAAGUUGAAGAAUCUGGUCCUGGUUCAGUUCCUACAGGACACAAUGGUCAUCCCAAGGGAGAGUGAGUGGUUUGGUUACUACAUUCCUGGCCAAGACAAGAAGCUGUACACCAUGUAUGAGAGCCCCCUGUAUCUGCAGGACAAGCUUGGUUUAAAGACUCUCAACGACACGGGUCGUAUCACAUUCCUCUCUUCCGACUCUGACCACUUGCAAUUCACGGAGCAGUGGUUCAUAGACAACAUCAUCACGAAGUUCCUGCAGUAGACACUCAACAUAUCCCACCCACUGUGCACUUUUUGGAACAGAAACAUUGAAAUAGAAUUAAUGAAAGAUGAUAAAAGGCUUUUCUUUUCAAAAAUAUGGUAUUCUUCCAAUAAAACAAUAAUAUUCAAAUUGUAUGGUGCAGAUACAAGAUAUUUUGCUACAGGAAAACCUUCCCCACUUGCACUUCAAACUAAAAUCAAAAGAAAAAAAAGAGAAUAAUUGUCUGAUAAUCUAUUAUUUUUAAUAAAUUUACAAGUACAGUACCCACCGCUAAAAUAUUAAACAAAUAUUGUUCUCUCAAUUAAAGUAUGCCUCACCCAUAAAGCUUGCUGAAUAAUGUAAUGUAUACAACUUCUUAUACAACAAACAAUAGCCUUAAUUGUUCAAGUAUUGCUUUUACAGAAUCUAAACUAUUACUGCAACUGCUUUAUUGAGUCAACUGAAGAGAAAGCUGGUGAACACUCUACGCAUCACAUUUUGUGCCUUAUCUUCAUGAAACUUACUGGGCAUCUUUGUUUCAAGGAUUUCUGGACCGAGUUUGAUAAGAGUUCUUGCCCUUUGAAAAACAUAGCUAUGAGGGGGCAGGUCAGUUUUUCUUAUAUGCCAAGAGUGAAACCUUGUCAACACUCUAAAAGUUGCAUUUUGUGUCAAAUCUGCUCUCAUAUAUCAGACUUUGCACAAAAUAAAAAUGACUCAGCCAGCCUUGUCGUUAUUUUUUUCUAGAGCAUGUGUGAUUUCAAGAGAAAUCAAUGUCAAUUUAAAUCUUUAUGUCUCUCAGUCUGUGAUAUUAAUCAUUGCAUGUAUGAUUUCUGUGCAAGUCAUUUAUAUUUUUCUGUAUUUCCCCUAAAUAUAUGCUGAGUUUGCUAACCAAAACCUUUUUUAAUAUUCGUCACAUGGCACAGCAGGAAUUUUCAGAUAAAUGUUGUUUGUUUACACCAAAGUGUGAAAUGUCAUGUAUUAUGAAUGUAACAAAUCAAAUAAGAUCAUGACAUUUUGAGGUUGCAAGUUUGUCUACAUAGGUUGAUUUUUCACUAUUUUCACAGUGUAUGUUCACUGUUAAGUUUACAUGUGAGUUAUGUAAUAUUUGAUAUCAAUUCUUAACCUUAUAAUUAUAUUCUGAUUGUUGUAUAGUUAUUUAUGCAUAUCACCGUUCAAGAGGAAUACUUUAGCUAGAUGUAUUAAAGAUUAAAAUGCUGCAAAAUAUCUUAACAUGCUAAGCUUUUACAUUUCAUGAACGUGCUUUAAAAAAAAUAUACAUGAAUUCCUAUUAUUUAUUACGUUGUAUUUGCAUUUAACAAACGUUUGAAGAUAUUUUAAAUUAUAAUGUCACAAUUCUGUGUUAUAUAUGUGUGAAGACAAAAGGGAAUAUAAUGUCAAGAUUCCACUCUUAGUAUGAUUGACUAUAAGUGUUUUAAUUGUGUGAAAAAUAUCAGUUCAAAUAGUCAUUAAUUUGUGUAAAUAUAAGUAAUGUAUGUCCUCUAUUAUAAUAUAUGUGGUGAUUAAAAUGGAAUGGUAACAAUAA